AUGAUGUUGCUCUCAAGUACACGAUGCCGCCAAUUCGGCAUAGCCACCAAACAGGCUAAUGCGCUAUGCCGCGCGCUGAGCAGCUCAGCAAGCAGGAAACAGGACCCUCGUCUAAGCGAUCUGGGGAGGGAAAUUAGAGACGAAUACGCAGUGCUCCGCGAGGAAUAUGAAACACCGAAACACCCCAUCAUCCUCGCCCACGGCCUGCUAGGCUUUGAUGAGCUGCGCCUCGGAGGCUCGAGGCUGCCAGGAAUACAGUACUGGCGCGGGAUCCGCGAAGCAUACGAGGCCAAGGGCAUCGAAGUCAUCGUAGCGUCAGUGUCUGCAUCGGGGUCCGUCGAGGCGCGCGGGCUCAAGCUCGGCGAGACAAUCGCCGAGAAGGCGAAUGGGAAGAGCGUCAACAUCAUUGCUGGCCUCGAUGCGCGAUACAUGAUUAGCCAACUGAAGCCGAAGAAUGUCGACGUCAAGUCGCUGACGACGAUCGCGUCGCCGCACCGGGGCUCUGCGUUUGCGGACUUUAUGAUGGACCAAAUUGGGCCAAACAACCUCCCUAGGGCAUACCGUGCACUUGAAUUCUUUGGCUUUGAGACGGGAGCGUUCUCCCAGCUGACGAGGAAGUAUAUGCAGGAGGAGUUUAAUCCCAAGACGCCAGACAGGGAAGGCGUGAGGUACUACUCAUAUGGCGCGUCGCUUGAGCCAACGUACUGGUCCGUAUUCCGGCCCUCGCACGACAUUAUCAAGGUACUUGAAGAAGAGCAGAACGACGGGCUUGUUAGCGUCCCUAGCAGCAAGUGGGGCACGUACAAAGGCACGCUAAUGGGUGUGAGCCAUCUCGACCUGAUCAACUGGACCAGUAGGAUAAAAUGGCUGCUAUUCAGGAUCAUUGGCAACAAACCGAAAUUCAACGGCAUAGCCUUGUACUUGGAUAUAGCAGACAUGCUGGCGAAAGAGGGGCUCUAG